AUGCGUCGACUAGUUUUUAACGCUUUACACAAUUUGUCUCAUGCCGGCACACGUGCUUCGCAGAAGCUCGUAACUAAACGCUUCGUAUGGCUCAGCGUCCACCGCAAUGUCCGCCUUUGGGCAAGCGCACGUUUAGAGUUGCAGCGCGCCGAGGUAUACAGCCACACCAAAAGCCAACUUGGCGUCUCUCCCGAUCCUGACUCUUGUUUUACACACAUCCAUAUCGACCUGGUCGGACCUUUGCUCCUGUGCAAAGGUUAUGUAUACCUCCUGUCCUAUGCCGACCGAUUCAUUCGUUGGCCAGAAGCGAUUCCAAUGGUCAACGGCUCAUCUGAAACAGUUGCACAAGCCUUCCAAGAACGCUGGGUAGCCCAAUUUGGUUGCAUAAACGCAGUCAGCACUGACAGUGGAGCACACUUUGAUGGAUCUUUCAACAAAGUUCUCGACGUUCUUGGUUGCCAACACCACCGAACCACCGCAUACCACGCCGCAGCUACUGGGGUGGUAGAAAGGUUCCACAGGCAACACAAAGCAGCACUCUGUGCCCAGUUUAGCAUAUCCUGGCACAAAGCACUUCCACUCGUUCUCUUAGGCAUAAAAAGCACGAGUAAGGCGGAUUUGCACGCCACUCCGUCUUCGCUAAUCUUUGGAUGCACACAACGCUUACCUGGUGAACUCGUCUCACUAAAAGCGCCAACGACCUUCGACUAUGGCGACUACGCUGCUCCCCUAUCUCAUCACGUGCGACGGCUACAGCCUGUGCAACCCAGAGCACACAGCUUGCGUACCAACGUGGACGAACGCUUAACUACCUGCACGCACGUAUUCCUUCGCACUGAUUACGUACGCCGGCCACUCCAACCUCCUCAUUCUGGCCCGUAG